CAGAUGUUAAACAAGGAAAGCCAGAUCCAUCUAUAUUCCUUAUCUGUGCAUCUAGAUUCCCAGAUAAACCAAAACCUGAAGAAGUUUAUAAAUGUGACAUUAAGAAUAUAUUUAAUCCGACACGAAGGGACACGAAGCGCUUUCGACAUUACAAUUACACAAAAGCGGUAGUGUAUGUAGAACACUUUUCGGUAGUAUUAUGGCUAGACCUCCUGUACAUGUAUAUGUUCUAUGAUCAAAAGAACGGAAAAAACGUAACCCAACUAUAAUUUAAUUUGUGCAUAUAUAUUAUAUUAUAUUAGUGAAAGAACUUGAAUGCCCGAUUAUAUAUAUAAUCAGCCAUAUAAAUAUAUAUAUUUAUAUGGCUAUACUAUUACUAUAUAUUAUGUGGUUAUACAUCAGUGAAGAAAAUUGACAUAAUCUGUGUCACUAAUAACAGAAAAGAUUUGUUGUUUAUGGUUUGUUGAUUGUUUUAUCGAAAUGUUGUGGUUCUGAAAUCUAAAUAUUUGUCCUCAAGAUUAGUUGUUGCUAAUGAAUUUAAAAACAUAACAUUUUUUAAACUCCUCGCUUUCCACUGUAAACACACUUAAAGCUAAUUAAAAUGGCAAUAGUUUAUAAGACGUGAGUUAUAAUUUAUCUUGUUGUAAAUGUUUAAAUCGUGUAAGUUUGGAAAGUUUCAUUUCUUGUACAUACAAUGGAAGGCCCUGGAAUGAGUUUAUUUAAAGGUGCUGCAAGCAUUCAUAUAAAUAAUAGUGCUCAAGAUAGACUAGAAGAACAAGAAGAACUUGAAGAUCAAAAAAGGCGGGAUGCAGAGUUAAAACAUAAACUUGCAAAUGCUUUUGAUGAUCUUCAAGAUGACGACGAAGCAAGCUCUGUAAACAGCAGCGGAAACUGCACCUUGGACCAUACAAAUGCAAAUAAUAAACAAUAUGCAACAGACAACAAAUAUGGAACUGGCCUCUUACCCACAUACACUGAAUCUAUUAACACAUUUAAAGAAGGCAUGCCUCUGUCUCAUUCAACAAAAUUAUAUUGUGAUACACCAAAAAGUCAUCAUAUACAACAUAUAAGGAAUCAUGAUGAACCAGUAAAACUUCAAUAUAGUCCCUAUGGUGCAGGUGAUGGACAAAAUCAUUAUUAUCCACAAGAGAGAGAACAUCUGAAUGGCUAUGGGACAGGACAAGGGUAUAAUAAGAAUUAUGAACAACUUAAAGUUAUGUAUGAAGGUAGAGUGAAGGAGUUAGAGCAAUAUGCGGCUCAAAUGAAGAACUUAGACAAUGAGGUAGAUAGUUUACGAGCUCGCUUAGAAGCUGCCAUACAUGACAAGGAUAAAGCUGAAUUCUCAUUGCAAGAGGCACAUGCAUUACUUGCAUCAAGUAAGCAUAAGACAAUAGAGUUAGAACAGCAAGUGGGAUCGUUGACACAGAAAUUGAUGGAAAGUGAUGAAGAUAAGGAGCAAUUAAGGUUGGAGCUCCGGUCUGCGAAUAUUAGCUUACAGGAGAUACAACAGAGGUUGCAUACUAUGAAGGUGGCGCACACGCACGAUACGGACGCAUUGUUUAGAGAACAACAAGACAGGUAUAGAGAAGAAAUGGAUAGACUGCAAAAUGAUUUGAUGAAGGCAAAAAGUAGACUUGAUGAAAAGGAUAGAGAAAUAAAACACCUAGAAAAGAAAUGUAUGGAACGGGAUAGAGAAAAAGAAGAGAUUUUAAUAGAGAAAGGUGGUACUAUAAAUCGGCUAGCUAAUGAAUUAGAAGCGGCACAGACUAGAUUGGUCAGUGGAGAGACAGCUCGGUUAAAAGAAAAAGUCAGUCAAUUAACUACCGAAAGGAAUUCUUCAAGGGAACAGGUGAAAGAGCUUGGGACUAAACUCGAGGUAACAGCGCAAGAAUUAGUUCUCUGUCGUAACAAACUAACUGGAUGUCAGCGAGAAUAUGAAAAUUGGCGAUCAACACUAAAUCAGAUUUUACAUGAAGUGUUGCCAGAUAAUAGUUUUAAUAUUGGCGAUUCACCGUCACCGGGGAAACUUGCAACCUUAAAAGAAAUAUUGAGUCGAUAUAAACAGCAAAUACAGAAGGUUGGACAACUUCAAGAGGAAAUGAAUAAGAGGGAAAGAAGAUUGGAACAACACAGAAAGCAAGAGUCUGAAUUGCGUUCGAAAUUAGAGGAACAAAAAGGUAUAGAGUUGCAACUCAAUUCAAGAAUAGCGGUUCUACAGAAUAAAUUGGAAUUACUUGGAACGCAUUCGGACAGUGAAUUAGUGGAGACGUACAGACAACAAAAUGAAAUGCUCAGGAAAGAGAUGGAAGAUGUCAAGAGCGAGAUGAAAAGUAUUGAGAUAAAAUACGCCGAACUGGAAAUGGACUACGAGAAGUUGAAAACUGAGCGAGGUAGUAGGGCAUCACUAGUGCAGGAAGCGAAUGCGGAUUUAUUAAGGGAAUUGGAAAACUAUAGCUCACAGCUAAAAGACACGCUCAAAGAAAACGGCGAAUUGAAAACAUUGUAUUUACAAGUAUGCAGUGCCCGCGAUUCUGUCUCACGGGAACUGAAAGACGUACGAACAAACAUGCAAAAAGAAAGAGAUGACUUCAGAAAGCAAGAGAAAGACUACAUAGAGCGGAUAGAAAGAGAGAAGAAACAAACCGAGAAGUUGGCAACAGAUUUAAGUAGUUCAAGGGAAGAGAUAGAAAGAGCUAAUAAGAGAAUCUCGGAGUUGCAAAAAGAGUUUACUGAUAAGCAAAAAGAGUUUACUGAUAAGUUGAAUAAGUAUUUGGAAGAUGAAAAGUCCUCAAUGCGUAAAGAGAUGGAGAACUGUCUCCAAUGCGAGACUCAACUCAAACACAUUAAGUACUUGGAGGAGCAUCUUAAUAAGUGUAAUGUUAAAUUAGCGGCUCAAGAAAGCAACGAUGCCCUCAUGAAGGAAUUAAAAGCUAAAGCGGAGUUUUUCCAAAAUUACAUAAUGGAAAGGUUCACGAAGAUUCAGGAUCAGAGAAAUGUGGGAACUAGCACUCAUGACGGAGACACAGAUUCUGGUACUGAAGAAGUAGUGCCUCAUGACGAUAUGGCUGCUGAGACCGCACUUAUGAUGAAAGAGAAGGCAAUACGCGACCAAAUUGCCGAGAAAUUCACCUUAGAAAUGAAAACAGUUGAGAUGAAUUGUGCGAGGCGUGUGAAAGAGAUAGAGAACGAGCAAAUGUCAACUGUCACAAAAUUAAAAGAAUUGUUGGAAAGGAAGGCGAAGGAGGUUGAUACGUUGAAGGAAUUUAUCCUUUCCGAGCGCGGGAAAGUUACGCAGAUAUUGGAAUCAAAGGAAAAUGAGAUUUCGGUGCUUAUAAAGGAGCAUAAUGAGUUGCAAGCUGAGUGUCAGAGGGUGAAAGAUGACGUCAUUGAUUGGAAGCAAAGAGCAGAGAAGUAUAAGGAGAGGUUGUCGAGAUUAGGCUCAAUGGAAGAUAUUAUAAAGAAAGAAAGAGAAGACAUGAAAUUGAAAAGCAGUUCAUCCGUUAAAGAGUGUCAGAGUUUGCGAACGAAAUUAAUGGAAUUACAAUCUCAGUGUACACAGUUGGAACAGAGGUUAAAUAAAUUACAAAAUGAAUAUCAAAUAAUUCAAGAUAAAUACAAAAACACUAAAAAGACUGUUUAUACUUAUAAGGAUUACAUGGGGAAGAAAGACGAGCACAUAAAUAGUGAAAUGAGCAGGAUUCAAGAUGAGUACAGGAAGAUAUUCGUGAAGUUGCAGAACCAAAUCAACUACUUGAUGACAAAGGUACACGAGGAGAGACGAGGGUCCAAAUCGCAGUAUCAGGAAUAUGAUUGCACGGACAAAAUUAAAAAACUAAACGAAGAUUUCGCUCGACUUACCCAAAAUAAUUUCAACGGUCCAGACCUCAAUCAGUGAUUUCUAGCGGAAUUUUAUUAUACAUAUCAAGUACGACAUACAUAGAAAAACUCAUUGUACCAAAACUGCAGUGAAAAAUGCAUAUGAACACAAAAAUGUAAAGAUCGUAAUAGAUUUUACCAAAUAAACAUCAAGCUCUCGAUUCUUCCAAGCAACUAUUGUAAUAGUGCUAAUGAGUUUUGAACUAUUUAUUUUGUAUCAAAAUAAAGUUCAUUUUUGCCUAUAUGCUGACACAGAAAUCUGUAUGUUGUGUGUUAUACCGAUCAACCCCCGUAUUCAUAAAAAUUACUAUCUUAACAAAAGUACGGUGAUCUCUUUCUGUCAAAUUGUUUUUUACGCUAUGAUUGAAAGAGAAAUAAAAAUAAGGGGGUAUGUCCACAUCUUUAGGACAGGAAGCAUGUAUGAUCUUAAUGAAAUCGGUUACAAAAGUUAAGCAAUACUUGCUGAAGACUAAUUAUCCGUGGGAAUAAAGUCCCUUUUUUGUUAAAAUGGUGCGAUAAUAUUUAAUGUUUUUAAGCUAAUAAUGAUAAACUUAGAACUUGCUGGAAAUUAACAUUCCAAAUUACAAAAACAUUAGUACAAAAAACUUUAGUGAUCUCUAUACAUAUUUAUUAUAAGAAUAUUUGUGACCUUAAUCACGAUACUUCACAACUGUUUUGUACUUAACAUUAUACCUAUAAAUGAUCUGGUCGUAGAAUUUGUUGUUGUAUCCAACCAUUUCAUAAAUAUGGGCGAGCGACGAUCUAAUUUUUUUUACUAACCAUACUAUUAAAAAAAAUCUUUUAUCAGAUUUUACAUUAUUCUUAAGUAACAAAAAAAUUAAAAUUACAAAGCUGUGACAGGAUUUGUUAAUAAAAUCGAAUUUUGCAUAGAAAUUAUUAAUGAAAUUUCUCUUUAUCAUAAAGUACAUAAUUGAUUCUACGAUCGAGCGUCGAGCGAGAGUCUAAAAGCAUUCGUUUUGGGGCUUUCAUGGUGCGUAUGAAUAUCUUUUGUCUAUUAAAACUGAGGCUUUAACACGAACAGCAGCUGUGCAUACGUCAGAACGAGCUAUGUCUGUUAUGACAGCUCGAACGGAGCGCUCUUUGAACAAUUUUUGUGUAUACGAAUUUUAUUUGUUGCAAGUUGCAAAUGCGUCUACGGAUCGCUACGUAAGUUUUUCAUACAAUUUUUAUUAGUCUUACUUCUAUUCGACUUUACGUUCGUGCUAAGGGUACUUCGUUAAGUGUAAAUUUCUGAGAGGGUAUUCGUAACACUAGACAGCAAUUUUAACUCAAAGGAAACUAGUUUUUAAAUGUGUUUAAAUUACGUCAGUUUUUUUCAAUCUUUGUUACAUGCUUCAUAAAUAGAUCUCGUUUGUCAUAUUGGGAAAUGAUUAGAGUGCAUAUUUUGAAUUGUAAUUAAAUUAAAGAAGUGUUUUCUUUGAGUUAAUUUGCUUUGAUAAAUAAAAAGUGUAUUAAUAUAUUGUAUUAUGGGAUUAAUCCUUUAUUUCACUAUGACGUGAAAUGUGUAACUUUUUAAGAUUUUCUAAUAUUUUUGAUAUAAACUUUAAAAUUAACCCAAGGUUUCGCACCUGAUAAGGUAUAAAUGCGUAACGUUUUUAUAGUAAAUAUAACAUUUACUAUAGAACUCAAGGGAAUUUUUAAAAUUCAACCGAAAAUCCCGAGCGAAACUUUUAGUAGACAAUAAAUUAAUGUAAGUUUUUCUAUAGCAGUUUUGCUCUAAUAAGAAUUAAAAGGCAUUUAAGUAUACGUUCCUGUGAUAGAAAUGGUACAUAAUUGAUAUUUUUGUAAGAUAAUAUUUGUUGCAUUCCCACUAAUUCCAUUUUUCACAUUCAAUAAAAUGUUUAUUUUAAACGAGUAUAUUUGUUGUCGCUCAUGUGUUUUGUAAUUUUGCAGGUAGCCGCAAUUUGAUGACUUAAGAGUCAUGAGUUUGUGGCUGGCUGUGUUAUUAUUUGUGUUGAAGAUAUUCUAAUUCUGUUCGUUUUUACGUUAUCUAAUCGUUUAUUGCACUUAAGGUUAUAAAUAAAUAUAUU